GCUCCUUUAAGUACGUGUUGUGUGAUAAGUACUCUGUAAAACUCCUCCUAUUAAGGAAGUGCGGAGUCUGAGAUGACUGCAGUCCUUCGUAAACAGCCUGCAGUCUUCUGCUCUGUGAAACUCUGAGCAUUCGGACUGGAGAGAACAACAACUGCAGUAAAAUAAAAUGGCUUCUAAGUUCCCAGAGGAGGAUUUCUCCUGUUCUGUGUGCUGUGACAUCUUCAAGGACCCUGUUUUAAUGAGCUGCAGUCACAGUGUGUGUAAAGUGUGUUUGCAGCAGUUCUGGGAGACCAAAGGAUCCAGAGAAUGUCCUGUUUGUAGGAGGAAGUCAUCUAUGAGUGAUCCUCCCAUAAGUCUGGCCUUAAAGAACCUGUGUGAGACUUUUUUACAGGAGAGAAGUCAGAGAUCUUCAUCAGGGUCUGAAACAAUCUGCAGUCUGCACAGUGAGAAACUCAAACUCUUCUGUCUGGAUGAUCAACAGCCGGUGUGUUUGGUGUGUCGGGAUUCAAGAAAACACACCAACCACAAAUUCUGCCCCAUUGACGAGGCAGCAACAGACUUUAAGGAGAAGCUCAAAACUGCACUGAAGCCCCUACAGGAAAAACUGAAGAUCCUUAAAGACUGUAAACUGAACUGGAAUCAGACUGCAGAACAUAUAAAGAUUCAGGCCCAACACACAGAGCAUCAGAUUAAGGAGCAGUUUGAGAAACUUCACCAGUUUCUACAAGAUGAAGAGGCAGUCAGGAUUGCUGCACUGAGAGAGGAAGAGGAGCAGAAGAGUCAGAUGAUGAAGGAGAAGAUUGAGAAGCUGAGCAGAGACAUAUCAUCUCUUUCAGACACAAUCAGAGACAUAGAAGAGGAAAUGAGCACUGAAGACGUUUUGUUCUUACAAAACCACAAGGCCACAGUGAAAAGAGCCCAGUGCACACUGCAGCAUCCAGAGGAGCUUUCAGGAGCACUGAUCCAUGUGGCAAAACAUCUGGCCAACCUGAAGUUCAGAGUCUGGGAGAAGAUGCAGGACACUGUCCAAUACACACCUGUAACUCUGGACCCCAACACUGUUCAUCCUAAACUCAUUGUAUCUGAUGAUCUGACCAGUGUGAGAUUCAGUGAUGAGAGACAGAAACUUCCUGAUAAUCCAGAGAGAUUUGAUAACUGUUUGUCUAUCCUGGGCUCUGAGGGCUUUAACUCAGGGACACACUGCUGGGAUGUUGAAGUCGGAGACUGUACAGUCUGGUAUGUGGGUGUGAUGACAGAAUCUGCUCAGAGGAAGGAGAAUAUAUUCUCCAGAAGUGGAAUCUGGUGUGUGGGGUAUUAUGGUGGUGAAUACGGAGGACGUACUACACCACAGACAUUCACUCUCCUCUCAGUAGAACAGAAACUACAGAGGAUCAGAGUGAAACUGGACUGGGACAGAGGAAAGCUGUCAUUCUCCGACCCUCUCACUAACACACACAUACACACUUUCACACACACAUUUACUGAUAAAUUACUGCCAUAUAUAAGCGUUAUUGGUUCUAUAAAGAUCCUCCCAGUUCAGUGCUCUGUAAGUGUGAAUCAGAUCAGUUAGAGCUCAUUUUGAUUUAUUCCAGGCUGUUAAUCAAAUAUCACUAAUAAAAAGUGUGUUUUUCACAGAAACACUGAACAAUUCAUUGUGAAAAGUUUAUUGAGUUGCUGUGAUGUUAUUUUGGCUGACCUUGUCAAUUAUUCAAAAUAAGUGAAAACUGUAAAUAUUGAUAGAAUCUUUUUCUUCUCAAUGAUAACAUAUUAAUGAUAAUGCGGCGUAUUCUGGUGAAAUACCUAUAUGAUGCUAAAAGAGGCUUGUUGCUGACACUUUUAUGUCAGUGCUAUAUUAUGGUGAUGUAAUGUAACAUAUAUAUAUAUAUAUAUAUAUUGUUCUUGUACUGCCUUGUUCAUGCACAGAUUAAAACACCCAUAGAAUCAAUUAUAAAUCUAUCCUGGGUCUGUUUCUUUCAUGUCUUCCGACCUACAUCUGUAGAAAACAUGCAGGUAGCUUUAGCCUUCGGUUUUAGGAAUUCUUUUUAUCCUCUCUUCCAUUCGUGUGCACUGAACUUGGAAAAAGGCAUUUAAACUUGCUGCUCCCGCUAAUUUGUGUAAUUUGCAAAAUAUGCUAAAACUUAAGGAGUUGAUCUGAUUGGAUACUUUUUAAGUGAUUCUAAAUAGCUUGGUGACAGAAGUAUUUGGCUGUUAAUGUUUUACCUGAUUCAGUUCUGCACAGAUAUUGCUCCACAUUCUAUUAUUUAUUUAAUUAUUAUGUAAUUUGAUUAAAUUUGUAUGUUGAUUAUGUGCUUGUUUAUAUGUAUGGCUGCUAUUUGUUAAACUUGUACAAACUGCGAUGCUGCCUAUCCUGGACAAAAUGUAUAGUUUUUUUAACAUUGUGUAUUGUAGUCAAAUAAUGAAAUUAAAUUAUGAA